GGAGGCGCUGUGUUAUAACGCCUGGGUCCUGAGAAUGCGGUCCUGGGAGCGUGGUUGGGUCUCCGGGCCUGCAGGUACACUCUUCUCGGUUAACCAGCAGCUCCCGCGCCCGUUCUGCUCCUAGGUUCUGCUAAUGUCCGGUCCAGCUGUCCGGAACCAGCGCAGCAUGAAGAUGCUAACGUUCGGGCUAACUCUGGUUCGACAUGGAGAAACACAGUGCAACAAAGAGGGACGUUUACAAGGUCAGGCCAUAGAUGCUCCUCUGUCUGAGACUGGGCUGCAGCAGGCAGAAGCUGCAGGACGUUACCUGAAGGACGUGAAGUUCAGCCACGUGUUUGCCAGUGAUAUGCUGCGCGCCAAGCAGACGGCUGAGACGAUAAUGCAGCUCAACAGCAGCUGCUCGGGUCUGCGGCUCACGCUGGACUCGUUACUCAAAGAAAAGAACUUUGGUGUUGCUGAAGGAGGACGCGUUCAGGAGUUCAAAGACAUGGCCAAAGCGGCAGGAAAGUCCUUCAUGGACUUCACCCCCCCACAGGGCGAGACUCAAGAGCAGGUGAAGGAGCGGGUCAAAAGGUUCCUGGAGAAAACGCUCCAGCGGAUCGGAGCCGAGUGCUGGCACGGCGGCGAGCUGGACGACACCUCCACGCCUGCGGAGGCGCCUCCCGCUGAGGGGAAGGCCGAUGACGGGGUCGGGGACACGGCGCUCCAUGCUCUGGUUGUCACCCACGGGGUUUACAUGUAUGUGGCGCUGCGCUACUUCAUGGAGGAGCUGGUCUGCGGCGUACCGCGGGGCUGCGACCCGGCGCUGUGGCGCUCCUUAAGCCCCAACGCCGGGAUGAGCAGGUUCAGAGUGAGCGCGAGGAAAGACGGCGAGCGCUUCGUUCUGAGCCGAAUCUGCUGCGUCUUCCUGCACAGGCAGGAUCACGUCAGAGACCUGCACUGACACGGACGACAAAUGACCAGAACUCAAGUCUGACGGCAACACAAACGAGUCCGUCUCUAGUCUGGACACUGAAGGUCUCUAGUCUGGACACUGAAGGUCACAGACCAGCUCACUUCUGCAGCUCCCUAUAAAUCCAAACCACACCUGAGGUCACGGGCCGAUAGAACACUCUAAAACUACAGUUUUAAAACUUUAAAACCGUAACUGUAGAUAUAUAACAUUACCUGUGAUAAUGCUAGUGUGAUGAAGAUGAUAGUGUGAUGAAGAUCAUAGUGUGAUGAAGAUGAUAGCUGAAAACACUGAAGCUGAUAGCCAGCUAUAAUAUUAGCUCUAAGUCCCUAAUUAUUCUAAAAAAGCGUCGUUUAGCCAAAACAGCUGAAAUAUUUGCUAUUCUCCAAAAUAGCCCAAAGGAAAAUGUCCCUAAAUGCCAAAAUACUCCAGAAUGCCCAAACUUUAAAACUGUAACUUUUUAACAUUUGUUGGUGGUAUCUCCUCCUCAGAUUCAUGUACCUUAAGAGCAAAUUUAUUAUAAUUUGACUAUUUUAGCUGAUAUAUUUACAUAAAUAAAAAAGGACACAUUAUUAUCAUUUCAUUUUAAGUGCUUCUUAGUAACUAACACCUCAUGAAAACUAACAGAUCCAUGAAUGUUUCCUGAACAUGAGAUCAUACAACAAACAUCGACUCAUUACUGCUCAGAUACUCAUGUACACAGUGACUGUAGAGCGUUUGACUCGUCGUUGUUUCAUCUUUUAAAACCUUUUAUUAUCAUUAUUUUCUAGAUCAGUAAAGUGGGAAAAAAACCAGAUAAAAGCCUAAAAUUACUUUUUUGAUAAUCUUUAGGUAAGUGUGCCUACUUCAAAGCAUAAAUAUACACUCACAUCCUUAAACAAAAAUGUAAAAACAUUUAGUUUCUUACAUUUACAUGUCUGGAGAUCAAACCUACAAAAACUGAGAGAAAAUAAUUCUGAAAAUGCAAUUUUCCCUCGUCUCCCACCCCAAUAUCCAAAUUAGAUCUUAAAUGAAAAAGUUUCAUUUUAACUUUUCACUGAGAUUAAGCAGAAUUGGUCAUCUGCGCUGGCGGAGAUUCUGUCUCUGGUCGCAGAGAAACUUUCUGGAGUGAAAAAGGACUUUAGAUGAUUGGAGGCAGACAUUGAUGUAAGUUUUAUUCAAAACUAAGAGAGCCACAACUUGCCUGCUAAACAGCUACAAUCUGACUGUAACUCAUUGUUGGUUUUUGGUGUUUUUGCUGAUUUUACUGAUUCUUAUUUAUUUCUAUUUUAUGUAUUUAUGUUGAUGAAUGUGUUUGAACAAAGUUCUGCAUGUCUGAGUCCGUACUCGUGCUGGUGUUUGGUCUGCAAAUGAAAUUCCCAACGGAUAAAUAAAGUUAUUUGAGAUUCUGCUAGCGCGCGGGCA